GAGAAGGAAGAAGGCGAGCUGAUUCUCAGUCGGCGUGUGAGAGAACAGACGAAGGAGAGACCUCCUCACACACAUACACGCGCGCGCACACACACACACACCGAGACACACUCGCUCGCUCACAAACACUCCCCCCCCGCUAACACACACUCUCUCCUCUACACACUCUCUCUCCUCUGCUCUUGCGCUCGCACGGAGCGAGAAGGGGGUGAACGGGGAAGGGAAGAAUGAGGAAGAAGUCCGCCGUGCUGCGCACCUCGUCCCAACAAAUGCGGGUUUGCUGAUGAAGCGCCACUCCGGUCAUCCGAUCAUACAGGGCGCUCGGGUCGCGCUGUAUGGAAACGAGGAGUAGGCAACAGCAGAUAAACAGCAACAAAUAAAAAAAACUGUCAGUGCAUGGGAAUCCGGACUCCUCUCCCCUCCUUUUGUGCGUCUCGGUCGGUGGAUACGCCGUCUUGGCUGGCGUAGGCUAUAAGAGCUCCCUGCGUCUCCAUUACCAUUCCCCACUACUGGCUUACCUCUACUACUCCUCCUCCUCCUCUUACUCCUUGUACUGCUACUAGUACUAGUACAGCUGUAGAGCUGCCUCUUCUACUAAUCGCUCCUCUCCGGAUUGUGGACACUCUCUGGACAGAAAGGUUCAAGAUCUCACAGUACCUCACAGUACCGGUCUGGAAGUCACCAUGGGCUGCUGGGAUCACUCCUCUCUCCUGUCCCCUGCCCUGAGGCUUGCAGUUAUCACAAUGAUUCUCCUCCUCAAGAUCCAACCCUCACUGGCCGGCGCCCCCCCUGAGCCAAACUUGGGUGGCUCUGUUUCGGCAGUGUCCACUAAUAAAACCGAAUGCAGCAAGGCAGAACAGUGCUCAAAGGGGGUGAUCUUACCUGUUUGGGAGCCCCAAAACCCAUCAUUUGGUGACAAAGUUGCUCGGGCAACAGUUUACUUCGUGGCUCUGGUCUACAUGUUCUUAGGCGUGUCGAUCAUUGCUGACCGUUUCAUGGCAUCAAUAGAGGUCAUCACGUCACAGGAAAAGGAGAUCACCAUCAAGAAACCCAAUGGGGAAACCACCACCACUACUGUUCGUAUCUGGAACGAGACCGUUUCCAAUCUCACCCUCAUGGCUUUGGGCUCUUCAGCUCCUGAGAUCCUGCUGUCCGUCAUAGAAGUCAUAGGUCAUGGGUUCACAGCUGGCACACUGGGCCCCUCCACCAUUGUGGGCUCUGCUGCGUUCAACAUGUUUGUCAUCAUCGGGUUAUGUGUGUAUGUCGUGCCUGAUGGCGAGACAAGGAAGGUCAAGCACCUCCGCGUCUUCUUUGUCACGGCCACCUGGAGUAUCUUCGCCUACAUUUGGCUCUACCUGAUCCUGUCCGUGAUCUCACCUGGCGUUGUGCACGUGUGGGAGGGGCUGCUCACGUUCCUCUUCUUCCCCAUCUGUGUGGUGUUCGCCUGGGUGGCCGACCGCCGCCUGCUGUUCUAUAAGUAUGUGUACAAACGCUACCGCACUGGCAAGCAACGUGGAAUGAUCAUUGAGACGGAGGGUGAUCGCCCACUUCCUUCCAAGGUGGACAUUGAGAUGGAUGGGAAAAUGCUGAACUCUCAUGGUGUUGACUUCCUGGAUGGCCCACUGGGUUUGGAUUUAGAUGAGAAGGAUCUGGAUGAGGAGGAGACCCGUAGAGACAUGGCCAAAAUCCUGAAGGAGCUCAAACAGAAACACCCUGACAAGGAGGUGGAACAACUCAUUGAGCUUGCCAACUACCAAGUCCUGAGCCAGCAACAGAAAAGUCGUGCUUUCUAUCGUUGCCAGGCCACCCGGCUGAUGACAGGUGCUGGCAACAUUCUGAAGAAACAUGCAGCUGAUCAGGCACGAAAGGCCGUCAGCAUGCACGAGGUUCGCUCUGAUGCUGGUGAUAACGACCCCAUCUCUAAGAUCUUCUUUGAGCCUGGUUCUUACCAGUGCCUCGAGAACUGCGGUACAGUGGCGGUGAAUGUGGUGCGGCGUGGUGGUGACCUAGGCAAAACGAUUUCUGUGGAGUACCGGACAGAAGAUGGUACAGCUAAUGCCGGCUCGGACUACGAGUUCACAGAGGGCGUGGUGGUGUUCAAGUCUGGUGAGACGGUGAAGGAGAUCCGUGUGGGGAUCAUUGAUGAUGACAUCUUUGAGGAGGAUGAAAACUUCCUGAUUCACCUAUCCAAUGUCAAGGUGUUGACAUCAGAAGGUGAGGAGCCUGAGGAGGGCGAGUCAGCUAAUCAUGUGGACUCAGUGGCCUGUCUCGGUUUACCCUCCACAGCAACCGUUACCAUCUUCGAUGAUGACCACGCCGGUAUCUUUACUUUUGAGGAGCCUGUAUGCCAUGUGAGCGAGAGCGUUGGCACCAUGGAGGUGAAGGUGCUGAGAACGUCGGGGGCUCGCGGUGUGGUCAUGCUGCCAUACAAGACGGUGGAAGGAACAGCACGAGGCAACGGAGAGGACUUUGAAGACACUCAUGGUAUCCUGGAAUUUCAGAACGACGAGAUCUUUAAAACCAUCAAGGUGAAAAUAAUCGACGACGAGGAGUAUGAGAAGAACAAAACCUUCUACAUAGAGAUCGGAGAGCCUCGCCUGGUGGAGAGCAAUGACACCAAAGGUCGGGAAGGGGAGGAACAGCAGAAGGAAGAGGAAGAGGAAGAAGAGGCGCUGACUGGGAAAGAUGAGGAGGAGCGUCGCAUCGCUGAGAUGGGCCGUCCCAUGCUGGGGGACCACGUCAAACUGGAGGUCAUCAUAGAGGAAUCGUACGAGUUCAAGAACACAGUGGACAAGCUGAUAAAGAAGACCAACCUGGCUCUGCUGGUUGGAACCAACAGCUGGAGAGACCAGUUCAUAGAAGCCAUCACUGUGAGCGCAGGUGAGGAUGAUGACGAUGAGGAGUGCGGGGAGGAGAAGCUGCCGUCAUGUUUCGACUACGUUAUGCACUUCCUCACGGUCUUCUGGAAGGUUCUGUUCGCCUUCGUCCCGCCCACAGAGUACUGGAACGGCUGGGCCUGUUUCGUCGUCUCCAUCUGUAUGAUUGGACUACUCACCGCCGUCAUUGGUGACCUUGCUUCUCAUUUUGGCUGCACAGUGGGCCUGAAAGACUCAGUCACAGCAGUAGUAUUUGUUGCAUUGGGAACCUCUGUACCAGAUACUUUUGCCAGUAAGGUAGCUGCUAUCCAGGACCAGUAUGCAGACGCAUCCAUUGGUAAUGUGACAGGUUCCAACGCUGUCAACGUUUUCCUGGGCAUCGGGGUGGCGUGGUCCAUCGCUGCCAUCUACCACCACAGCAAUGGCGAGGAGUUCAAGGUGGACCCUGGCACGCUGGCCUUCUCCGUCACCCUCUUCACCAUCUUUGCCUUUGUCUGCGUCGCCACACUGAUGUACCGACGGCGGCCAGAGAUCGGUGGAGAGCUGGGUGGGCCCCGGACUGCGAAGGCCCUGACCACCAUGCUGUUCAUCAGCCUGUGGCUCCUCUACAUCCUCUUCUCCUCACUGGAGGCCUACUGCCACAUCCAGGGCUUCUAAGAUGGCAGGAGAUGACGAAGGGAAGGAUGGGACAGAAGGAAAACAUGGAGGAAGAAACCAAUGGGAGGUGGGUGACUUGGAUGGAUUGGAAAUUAUGGCUGUCUUAUUGAUCUAUCACUCCCUCCCUUUACGCAAUAGAUUAAAUGAUGGAUGUACAGAUGUAGGAAUGGAGGACGCAUUAAAGCAUCUUAAAACAGAAUGGAAAGUAUGGAUACACUGAAGGACAACAGCAAACAGGAGAACCAUAGGAGUCAGAGAAAUGGCUCAGAAGAUGGAAAAAAAAUGGUGGAAAAGCAAAUAAACUAAGGAAUACAUUUUAUGAUUUUGAUCCAUAAAUCCAAACCAAUCAAGUUGUCUUAAACCUGUCCCUGUUUUGAAAACGUAAAAGCAAUCCCCAAAGUUGCAAACACAGAAAUAAAUACACACUUUGUGUCCCAGCUGGUUCAGCCAUACAGAAAUCAAAAAUCCCCUUCCAGUUGGAGCAGUGCUACUUCCAUGUCCAGCUAAAGUAACAGCAACGAAAAAGACUGUAUCAGUAUGUACAUGCAUGACCAGAUAAUACUGAAAACACCAUCAGAAGAAAGUGGUUAUAUUCCCUCAACUGUUUAAUGACAACGAACUGUGUGACUGCUGAUGUGUGACUGUGUUUCUGUGCUCGUGUGUUGUGGGAAGAUGGUCAAGUACUGUGAAAAAAAAAAACGCCUCUCGUUUUGCUGUCUCUGCAUGAGACGGAAUAUGCUUUCGUACUUGAGGUCUUUUUGACUCUCGCUCUCCCAGCCUGUAGAAAUGCUGAGUAAGACUCUUUUGUGGGAGGGCGCAUUCAAUGAAGCAAAAGGUUUCGAACAUCACUGAGGUUAGAAAUGUAAAUACAUAGAGCUGAAGGUACAUUACAGCUCCACUUUUUUCCUUCUGAAUGUCUUGGUUACACCGUGCACUCCUGAAUGGGCCCUCUUUCUGUUGCUUUAUACUGUAGAUGUAAAAGAUUUAAGGUCUAAUUUAAAUCACAAAGGGGUUAGUGUGCUUUUACCUUUAAUAAGGCCAUGUCUGAGAAGACAAAAUGGCCACUCUACCGUUUAAAACUGUUAGAGAAACUUUUAUCAUUGCAUAAAUUCCUAGGUUAAUCUUAUGUGUAUUUGUGUUUUUUUUAACUGUGGAAUUCUGUUAACUGGUUUUCCACCAAUGAGAUUGCCACCAUCACGUGUCAGUCAUUACAUUGCAAUAGACUUUGAAAAAUGUAGAUACAGCCCUCAGUGAAAACUCAUGUUUGUUAACUGCCUCUGUCAUUGUUUAUCUCACUUUGAUGCCGCUUUCCCGUUGGUUCUCUCAACAGCUUCAGUCAUUAUCGCUUUGUGUCUUAAGAACUUCCCCCUGGCUGGUCAGAGGACCAAUCAAAAUCCUCAAGGGCUUUGUAAGAAACAACCACUAAUCCCUAACCCUGAUCCUUGAUUUAUGAUUCUUCACAUAGAUUGGUCCUUAGGGGGCUAUUUAACAGGGAUUUGUAUUCCUUAACCUUAUACAUCACUUGCUUAAUUGUUAGGACUUUGCUUCAGUGUGACUUUAAAAGAAACAUGAAAUAAACAUUAACACAGCUUCCUAAGUGCAGACCACCAAGACCAAAUUUCCAGAGUUACCCAAAUAUUAGAAAAACAGACAAGGCUUCAACCUGGUGGGAGUCUUUCCAAAAUUGAUUACAAAGACUACAUAUAAAUUAUAAUCACUCUUAUUCCAAAUUAAGCCAUCCAUGCUAUGUUCUUUCCCAGGCAGCCUCCACUCAUCACUGCUUAAAUAUACUGGUCUUCAGGCAUGUUGAUCAUGAAGGCCUUGACCCAAAGGAAGCAAUGAACAUCUGACUUAAUACUAUGUCUUUAUUCAAGGGCAAGUGUGUACUCUUGAGCAGCGACCCAUAAUGUAAUCUGCACGACUCUCUGCUUCUCUCUGGCUUUGGAAACCAGCUGUUACUUACUACAGCAGCCAGUUUUCAUUCUUAACAUGGGAGCCAUCUGAUGAAGGAAUAGUUCAAAAGUAGGUUUACUAAUAGAUAGGGGCAAAUACCACAGCCCUAGGAACAUCUAGCAUAGGAUACAUCUAAUCUCAGCUAGACUCUGUUAAUCAAUCUCAUGUAGGUUUGGAGCUAAUUUUUAAAUUGAAAUCCUUGUACAAUACAUUGAAUUGGCUGUAUGUUGCACCUUUGGACCUGUCUUGUAAAGUGAGUUCAACUAUUGUAAGUUGGGUUCUCUGGUUAUCUAGCUUCUCUAAACCUCUUCUUAUCCAGCUAUGAGCAGGUUCAUAUCAAAGUGGUGGAGUUAAUUUCAAAUUUGCAACAUCACUUGACUUGUUAUGGUGUAGUGUUUUUGUCCAUGUUAGGAGUCUGUAGAAAUAAUUUGCCCAGUAGGGUGAUGCUAAUUAGCUGUGCAGCCAUUGCAAUCUGCCUUGGGAAAAAGUUUUUUCCCAAGGCAGAUUGCACAUAUUUGUGUAACCAGAAAGUCUGGGUUCAGCCCAAAGUGUAACUCACUUUAUGACACAGGCCCACACAGGUUCUACAUUUAAAUUAUUUGUAGAAUAAUUUUAUUGUUUGAGAUAUAACAACUUAUACUGUAUCUCAGCCCUCCUCAGACUGAAUUUUGAGCUUGAACAUUACAAAAGUUUUUUGUGCAUGAUGGGACAGAGGUCUGACUGGAUUUCUUUCCAAAAAUGUGGUGAUGGCUUAAAAGGCAGCUAGAGGAAUUUAAAAAUACUAGGUGUACUGUUUCUGGACACUAGCUACCAAACAAUAAUUUCAAGCAACAGCCAAGCAUCUUUGAAAAUCCUUAACAAGUACUAAGCUAGCUAGUCAGCAGGGUCAACACUUGCUUUCAGGAGCAUGAACACUAUCAACACUAGAAUACUAAACCUUCAAAUUAGCAGUUGAACGAACCAUUGUAAACUGUGAACGCAACAGACUGACAAACUGACAUAAUCAGACACUAACUGCUGGGAAUGUUUUUCAUGAUUCAGCCAUUGACAAACAAGAAAUAUAUCCUGAAAAUGUUUCCCAAAUAAAAAGUGUCCCAAGAGCCUGUCCUGAAAUAUGUGUAGAAUAUAAAUCUUCAAGCCUGUCUCGGCUGUCAGAGAGGUUUACAAUUCAGACUGUUAAACUAUUUUACUUAUUCAGCCAAAACCACAGAGAUUUCAACGUACACAGAACUUACUGUAUAUGUAGGCAUUCUAAAAGUCCAUAGUUUGUUAAAUGGCACUAUACUGUAUGCAUCUGAAUUGGCCAGAAUUUUCCUGCUGAUGUUGUGUUUUUUACUUGAUGUAUAAUAUAAUAAGUAGUAUUUUAAAUGUCAUCUGUAAAGUAAGUAGUCUGGGCUAGAUGUAAUCCAUUUAAAACUUGGCAACAAUCUUGUCACAGACAGCUUUCAAACCCUGUGUGAGAGUAGAGCUGAGCAGAGCCCUGGAUUGGAUGAGUUUGGCAAAUCUGGAGUAUCUUACGGAUAACAAUUUAAAAAUCACUUGGAGUAGAGAACCACUCCAGAAUGACUUGAUAAGAUUUCAGCAGUUGAUGCUUGAAGUCCAGCAACAUGGCUUGCAUACUGACAUCUUGCCAAACGCACAAUUCUAAGACUCUACUGCUGCAGACCUUUGCUUGUUGCAGCACCAGUGUUGAACAACUCUUUGGAACAACAUCUUUGACAGCCAAAAUGAAGAAUAAAUGAGAUGCCAGAUUGCUUGUAUUUGCCAAACUCUGCACAAUGUAUGGCUCUCCAUUAGAGUAGCUGUUCUCAUGUGAAGGCCUUGGAGUGGCAGUUUACCCCUGUUUUGCCAAAGGGAAAUCUUUCUAUCAGAAACUUAAUAUUUGCUCUCCAACCUGAAAAGGGUUUUAUAACCAAUGGAUCUUUCUUAAAACACCAAAUAUUAUUCAUAUUUCAUUACCACUCUGAAAGAGACGCCUUGAUAUUGUUUUAACUCUAACCAGAAUCUUUCUAUUUAAAUUUGUAUGCAUUUGUCUCUUCACUGGCAUGGAGCUGAAGGUUUAUACACUGUAAAAAGUUAUGCUAGCUUGCGCAAAAAAGAAGUAAUAUUGUAGAAGCUGUUUGCGUCACUUUUUGAGUACGUCCAACAAGGUAUAAAUUAUCUUUGAUAUUGCUAAAUCAUGUUGGAUUUACUUAAGAUGUGCCUGCUGCCUAAUUUGUCAGAGUGAACUUGUGCAGGAAUUAAAAGUUUGCAGUAAUGUAGUUAUUUGCAUCAAGUUUUCCAGAAGCUAACAUUUUUCAUUUAUGGGAGGUUAGCUCUUUUUGCUACACCAGCUUUGUUGCACCAUGUCUCUCAGUGUAUCUACCUUGACUUAAAAGCUAGUCGUGAAGCCAAUGGCAGAUUACCAACAGCUGUUCAAAGCCCCACAGGGUUUGGACCAAGGUGGGAAGCUAAACACGGCUAUCAAUAUGUUAGUGUUACAAUAGUAAGUACCCAACCAGGUUCUUUAUCUUCUAAAGCAACUCGUCCAGGCAAAGAAAUGCAAAUGCACUUGAAUUUUGAUUCCUGCCUUGGUUUGGACUUUUGUGGUUUGAUGGGUCAAAGGUUAGCCAGGCCAUCGCUGUACAUACAGUUUAACACUAAGAGCAAGCAAGGAGUAGAAAAAUGAGCUGUAGAUUACAGUAGUUUUUUUGUUUUUAUUCUUCUGUGGUGGGAUUUGAAGAGAUGGGCAGGCUUUUAAAUGAAGGAAAAGCAUUGCACUGGUUCUUUUCGCUUAUGUGAAACAGCUACAAUGUUGUUUCGUUCACAAAGUUGCUUCUGAUGUAAACAACAACAGAUUUUGUUUUUUUGACUCUGAUGUACACAAUAAUAAUGUUGUACCUGAUGUAAAAAAAAAAAAAAAUACAUCGGUGUUGAAUCAGAUGUGUACCAUUGUAAUGUAAAGAUUGGUGAUGCGUUUUCGUUGCCUCGUUCACUUCUUAACUGACUGUCUGUCUGACAGACUGAGGAAUAAAUAAAUGCAACACCAAACAGACAGACAGACAAAUGAACAAACGAAAGGAAGGACAAACAUCCCUGCUGGUACAAGCUGAGAGACGUCAAGCUGAGACGUUGCCACAGCAGUUAAUGUACUGUUGGAAAAAACAUUACUAGAGCUAUCCUCUUCCCCUAAAGUAACAUUAAACAAGUACAAUGUAAAAGGAUGAUGAAAAAGAGAGGAAGGAGGAGAAGGAGGACAAGGAGGUAGAAGAUGAAAAUUAAAGAAAAAAAACAUGAAGUUACAGCCAUACAUUGAUUUCUGGGUCAGUGAGAUUGAAAUGGACUUCUCCUGCCCAGCAUGUGUAUUGUUAUAGUGUCUAUCUGUCCCUCUGUGUCUCUUCCCGCUCUUUCUCCAUCUUUCUUUCUCAGUCUCUCUGCUGCCAAAGUAACUAUAACAGGCAGCAGUCUUUUUGUUCUGUCUUUUCUUCCCAGAUCCCCUUUUUGCCCUCUGUCUCCCUAUGCCAUGUUUUCCAUAUUUUGGAAUGUCAAUGUGCUACUUGUUGAUACUGUGCAUGAAUGAUAACAUGUCUGUAUAUAGUUAUAGAGAAUCGUAUCCCAUUCCCCUGGUGUUGACAAAAAAAAAUGGUUUGAAUGUUGUACAGAUUCAGGUUUUCUGUUCAUCUUUUAUUCUGUUCAGUUAGAUUUUUUUAAAUGUAUGUAGAUCUUAACGACAGUAUGUUUUUAAUUUAAACAAAGAUAAUGACGUCUUCUGUUUUGGAGUAUCUUGCACAUGACUGGUUGAUUAAUUAAGGUUUUUGUUGUUAAAAAGGCAAUAUCUGCUGUUAUUGAAUGAGAGAUGAGAUCUUAAAGGCGUUAUGUAUCUUAAAUAAAUAAUCUAUACGGGAGUUGCAUGGGUUAUUUGUACAAAAAAAGACACUGCUUGCUACUUCUAAUACCGUGGCUGUAUUCUCUGACAGAGGGCGAGGAAAACUGUAUGUACAUCUAAAGGUUAUUUUGUCAUUAAAGAAAUAAUAAUAUUAUUGUGUAUAUACUGUACAGUGUUAUAAGUGAGGUGGACUAUAUGGCCAUCACACUAACCGUAGAGAAUUAAUUCUACAUAUUUAUUUAAAGGAAACAAAAACACUCACUACACUCAAGAAUGACAUAUAUUGCCUUUUUGGAGAAGUUGUAGUUUGCUUAAAGCUUGUAUGCCUAUCUCUGCCUCGCUUUUUCUUCUCAAUCAUCCCCUUGGCCGCUUUAUUUUAUCUGUCUAUUUUCUUCCUUCCAUCUCUCUCCUUAUGUUCUUUUAUUUAUCUAUUGGAGGUGGCAUUUCAGAUGGGCUUUUGUCAAUCUUUCCACUGUUUGAUUCUGACUCAGACUGUCACUUUUCCAUUCUAUCUGUGUGACUCAACAAUGCCUCCACACCUGCACCUACCUUAAACUGUUUUUCUAUCUUCUUACAUGCAUAUCCAUCUAUAGUUAUAAACAGUGUAUCUGCCCUUGUCCCCAUCUGUCUGACUUUCUCAAAGGAUCACUUGUCUGUAUUUGAGUCACCAUCUGUCUGAUUCAGAACCGUCUGUCAUUUUUCUUACGAAAUCCCUCUCUUUUCGUCCUAAGCCUUCUUUUGUUCCGGCACAUCUUUUUCCACCUCCGCAGUCUUUCCCUCCAUCCAUCCAUCCUUUCUUUCUUUCUGUCUUUCUUUCUUUCUUUCUUUCUUUCUUCUUUUUCUGUCUUUUUCUUUCUCUGUCCUUCUCUUCGCUCUCACAUGGUGUAGUUGGGAAUUUCAUGUUUGUCAAUUUGAUUUGGUGUGUUUUUUAAAAUGGAACAAUAACCACAACAGUUAUAAUGUUGGUAAUAAUGAAGAUAAUUUUUUUCUCUUUUUUUGCCACUGUCCUCUGUGUGUGCGUGAGUAUGUUGAUUUUCUUUUGGGUUUUUUGGGGGUGUUUUUUGUUUUUUUAUUGAUUUUUGUUAAACACCAACUGAUAGGAGGAAAGUUGUAUGUGUGUUGCCACUAACUGUGACUGCUCUCCAUGGUACAUGGUACUUCUGAUAAAACCAAUAAAAUAAAGUUUGGGAUACCCUGUUUCAGAGA